GCAAUUUGUGCAUUUUCAAACUAAUAGCUCUACACUCCUAAGGGGUUAUCAUCCGUACUGACGAUUAUCAAGGUGAAUAAGGCAGUACUCUUAUGAGAGUCAUGGAAUCCAUCAGUGACGAAGCAAUGUUGAAUAUUAUGGAAAACUCUCCUGAUAAGUAUUUUUGCACACUCUGUUCUCCUGUCUACCUUAUUUGCUCAAAUGAAUCACAUGGCUUGGAAAUACACAUCAGAUCUACUCAUCCCGAAACAAAAAAUCUUCGUUGUAUUUAUUGCUCUGAGCUGGUCUCAUCAGUAUCAAUCUCAAAACACAUUGACCUGCAUUUUGGUCUAAUGGAUACCCAAAAUCUUCCUUUUACCUGUCCAUGUUGUCCUAAAUCGUUCGGUACUAUGAAGGCACUGGCUCAACACGCUCUAAGUCUCCAUGACAUUGAUAAAAGCGAUGUGUUUUUUAAAUGUGGUCAUUGUGAUAGAUCAAUGAGCUCACCUACGGAGUUAAAAUCACAUCUCCGGAAAUAUUCACUCAUUCUGUUUCACUGUUGCUUCCCUAACUGUCGUGUCAAAUCAAAAAAUGUGGAAAUAAUAAAAAAGCACGCACUCAAGUUUCACGGAACUAACAGUCCUCUUGUGACUACAACUUAUUCGGUAUGUUGCCAUUAUAACCUCUAUUAUUUAUUUUAGUUUAUGUGUUCUUGGCCUUCAUCUGUACGACCAACACGCAUUCAAGCCCAUCCACCCGAUAUUUCAAAAUUAAGCCGCCGAGUUUCAUCAGCAUUUUUCUGUGCACACUGUUCAUUUGGUACCUCCCACCUAGAAAACUUUGCUCAACAUUUGGCAAUGUGCCGAGCUAUUUCUUCGCAUUUGCUCAUAACUUCUCUGUCCGUCACCUGUGUCCUCCAUCGUUGUUCAGAAUGCGGCUGGAUGACCAAUGUUCGUAAUAUGCUAACAGAACACUUACAUGAUAUUCACCCCUUGCUUAGUGAGGAGGACGGAGUGAUCACUGAAGACUUUACAGUUCCUAUAUCUGAUGAGUCUAUUACUGAAAAUUAUAAUUUUAUUAGCAAAAAUAUGGAAACCCUACGCAAUUCUCCACUUCAACAACUACCAAAUUUUUUCUCCUCUGGCAAUUCAACUUUGCUCCAUAAUAACGACGGAACCACUUUACAUAACGAUCUUCCGUUACUUUGUUCAACCGCCUCCAAUCUUUCAGCUGAAGUUACGAAACAUUUAUCAGCUAUUCAUGCCCCAUCAUCUAUUGAUAGUUGUGAAGCUGAUGAAGUUGGAGAUAAUGAAGAGCAUGUCGGUGUUGAAGGUGAUAAUGACGAACUAAAAAAGCCAAGCACAGACAUGAAUCUCAACAAUAGGCCUAUCACCUCUAACCUACCUUCUGAUAUAGCAGAUUCUAAACAGGAAAGUGUCACUGAGACGGCUGCAGAGGAAUAUGUACAACUAUACUUUAAUGAGCAAGCAUUUGUUACUGCUUAUAUGAAAAAUGAAAAAUUUAAUCCUAAUAACGAUACUACAAAUGAUGAGCUAAACGGUGUCCUCGAAAAGCUGCGUCGUUUCGCCAGUUAUCGUGUCCCUAUUCUUGGUCGCGCGAAUCAGCGUCGUGUUGCUGGUUGUCCGGAAUGCUUGAAACCUUUCAAUCAUGGAUUUACAGACCUCAAGAAACAUCUUCUAGUAACUCAUCUCGGUGUUCGCCGUGAUAUAUCGCGUUUUACCAUCGAUUUCACUCAUUCCGGCAGGAGCCAUCAUAGCACAUUACCUAGUCAAACUAAUAGCUCAUUUAUUAAUUCUGACAAUUCACCGCAGUCAAAACACUCUUUCGGAAUUCGAAAUGGACGUCUCUCUGGUAAAGCGUUCCGUCGUAAACCUUUUCCAAUUUCACCACUCUCCAAUCCUCUUUGUAAACGUCCGACACCUGGUAAGUACGAAGACCCUCGGAAGUCACCAACAGAACCACUGGCUACUGUUUCUUCUGAUGGUCUUCCAACCCUAGUAACGUCUGGUUCUUCCUAUUCAGGUGGUGCUCCAGUUCACCGAGUUAUCCCAGGGACUGGUGUUUCCGAUCAUUAUGAAGACAUGAGGUCAUUGGAAGAAGUUUCUGCUCAAGCUCCCAUCGGUAGAGGUGGUAUUGUUCCUCUGGAUGAAAUGGGUAAUCCAAUCGUUGCUGCUGUUGUCGCUGCUGGUCAACCCCAAACGUCCACCUAUUCAGGAGGUACAGAAGUCUUUCUACCUAAAGUUGGACGUCAGCGCGUUCAGUUGGCAUAUUCUUUCCCAGUAUUUAAUCGUUUACUGGAAGCUUAUCAAGUCCCGAUGCCAGAACGAAUUCAACUUGUCAAUCGUAUGAAUCACUAUGCUCGAAUGCAUGUCAUAAUGGAUGUUCUGGUUCCUGGUGGAGCACAAAAACGUUUUUCUUGUCCGACUUGCAUGUAUACUUCAGUACACUCGUUAGCCGAUAUUCGCAAACAUAUUAUGGGGUCUCACUGUGGCAUUUCUACUAAGCGUUUCAGACUCUGUCUUCGAGCUUCUAGACAUGAUACUACAACUUAUCGCUUGCAUUCAGAUGACAGGAUGAUUCGAUUCGUUGAAGAUCAUAGGCGAAGACAAAUACAACUAACUGAUGCAAGAUCAAACCUUAAAGUCACUUCGAUUGAUAGUGAUGCCGAAGAAGCAAAGGAAGAUUCAAAUGAAACUUAUUCCCAAGUAGUGAAUGAUGAAAAUAAUCAAUUCUCAAACGAUUUCACCAAGUCUCAGGUAUCACUCAAUGAUCAGGAAGAACUAGAAACACAGACUAUCGAGACAGAUUUGUACGACGAUAGUCAUCAGGAAGGGGUUCACGGCGCUGAUGAAGAGAGUGAUAAUCGUUUUCUCACUGCCAACGUAAAUCUAAACUCCGAGGACUAUUUUGUCACCCCAACCAAAACUCAUGAUAACUCUAUUGUAGUUGCUAAUGAUACUCCUAAUACGUAUUCGGACGAAAAUGUUAAGCAAAACGAGGAGAUCCACCGUCGUAUUGAAUUACCUUUCUCUGAUAAUGUACUGCGCGUCUUGCUGGAGCGAGAGGGUAUGUUUGAUCAAUACGAUGAUUUGGUAGUCAAGAUGCAAGUCUACUCUAAGCAUCAUCUUACUGUUGUUUCACGUGGAAAUCGUAUUUACUCGUACAUUUGCAUAUGUGGACGUCGUUUUGCAGUUGUUCGUGAUGAAGUUGAAAGCGAUAUUAGGCCAGCCAGUCUAGCCGAUUGCAGACGUCAUAUUCUGGGAGUGCAUGCCAGGAUACCUCAAGAACUACUAACAUUAUGCUGCCAGGCAUCUCGCAUUUCUAAAGAGUCUGGAUAUAAGCUCUAUGCAGAUACUUCUCUUUUGGCACUAGCUGAACAACACAAAUUUCGGAGCACAAGAAUUCAAAGUUAUAGUCGUAAAUCAGAAGGUGGAAUAUCUCCAAUUAAACGUCCUUUAGAACCUAUCAUACCCAAUGAUACAGAAGGAAUUUCAGAGUUAUCUGUACCUACUAGUUCCGUUAAUUCAGUUAAUCAACGAUCAAACACAUCUUACUCAAGUAUGGGUUUCAACCAUUCUGCACCUAGUCAAGUAGCUCUACAUCAUUCGUCUUCAUAUUCCUCGAACCACCCUUUACCACCCAUGUUGCGUGCUCCAAGUGUUAAAUAUGAACUAAGUGAACCAGAUGAGUCACCGCCCCCAGAGUAUAACAGACCCAAUGGUAAAACAUCUAAUAUGAACUCUACAAAGUCUCCAGAACCAAACCCUUACUCAUUCGAAGAACGACAUAACGGCCUGGAUCUUGAAGCUCCUCGUCGCAUACUUACUCCUGAAGAGUCGGUUACAUGGAGCCAAAAGCUAGGUUUACCUGCUUCAUGGGCUUUGGAAAGAAUCGUUCGACUCCUGUAUAGUCCUGCUGUUUUUGAUCAUCAAGUUAGAUCUGUUCUACCUGAUGGUGAUAGCUUUAUUGGUAGCUUGCAUGAACGCAUGAAAGUUUAUGCUAGACAUUCUGUUUAUAUUACUCGUAUGAGGGAAACUCCCAAUCUUACUCAACGCAUUUAUGUUUGUUGUGCAUGUCUAACUACAUCACAUCAUGGUUUCGGAGAUGUAAGGAAACACAUAUUAGGUGUUCAUGCUCACGUUCCGGAACGCUUUAAAUCUGCAGCCAUGUGUUCUAGUAGGUUGAAUAGAGAUGAUUAUUUUCUGUAUACUGAUAGCCAACUCCUAAUGUUAGCUAAUUCUCCCGGGCGUAACGCAAAUAUAUCUGCUUUGGGAGCUGCAUCUAACAAAACCCUAUCACAUUUAAAUCAUAAUUCAACACCUCAUAAACAUCGCCAAAACGAUUCAGAAUAUGUAUCUCCUCAAAACACUCCGAAUAGAAAAAGACGGUUUUCUGGUACUGAAAGUGACUCCAUUGAACUUGGUAUUAGACCAGAAUCCUCUAGUCAAUUUUUACCUGAUGAGAUUCUACAUACUGCUCAUUUAAAUGGACAUGCUGCAUUUUCUCCUGACAUACCUACGAAACCCUAUGAAGAACACGAUGAACACCGUCCUCCAAUUAUUCUUACUAUACCGCGUCCUAAAGCUUUCCAUCCAUCUGAUCAACCAGAUGAUUUACCUGUUCGAUUAUCCUCUAUAAAUGCAGCGAAACCUAUUGAUGAGUAUAUAAAUCCAGACAAUGCUUAUUCAUCAUCUGGUUCACGUAGUAGACGUUCAAUGAUUCUUAAAUCCAAACGUCCUUGCCCAACAUCUACGUAAACUACUUUUCUUACAUAUCUUAUAUUAAGAAAUACAUAUUUACGGAAAUUAAACUAAGUUAUGCUUAGCAUGUUAUCUAUACCACAAAUUUCUUAAUCAUCUUGUACAUAAAAAUAUAUAUAGUUAUUAUUAAACAGGAACUGUAUCACAAAAAUGAAUACCUCGAACCGUAAAAAAAUUUACUUGCAAAUUCAUUAUUAGUUAUCAAGACUUGUUUGUAUGAUAAACGUUUCAUAGCUUUUUUCUUAAUUUCACUUUUUACUUAGUGACAUUGUUUUGUAAUGUGUUUAAAGCAACAGUAUAAACUAUGACAAUAUACCCUUUUGUAUUCAGUAUAUAUAACAAUAGUAAUAAUGCUUUCCUUACUUAAUAAACAAUUGAUAGAUAAUUAAUCAAAUUAGUGAUGCAUUGAUGUUAAUGUGGAUUCUUAUCAAGUUAUCGUCAGUCAUUUUUUUCGCAAAAAUAGUUUCAUGUGUUCAUUUUAUGUUUCAACAUUUCACUUUAGUCUACACUUGUAGCACACAUACUUCUCCUUUUGACUUCUUUCAAGCACGCCUUUCUUUUGUUCUACUGAUAUCUUAAUAUACAUAUAAAACAUUCCAUUCUACACUUUUUGUUAAUAUGUAUUUAUGUCCAUGUAUUAGUCCUCCUAUAAAAUGAAAACUGGUAAUUUUGUGAUCCCCUUGGCAAUUCGAUUAAUUAGACUUUGUUUUCCUUGUGAAAUCUGAAUUUAUACUUUUGAUUGAUCGUUUGAUUACAUGUAAAUCAUCUAGGAAACCUUAUUAGUAGAUGGAGAUGUAUAUUUCAAUUUGGUCUAACAGUCCAAAUUAAUAAGCUAAAAUAAGAAUUUCAUUU